AUCGGGGUGGGGAUGGGAGGGUGGAGGGAGGCGGAUUAAUCCCUUAAUUACGCCGUGAUCGGCGUGGCACCUGCUUUCCGCCCGCCCAGCUCCCGGGGGACCGCGGCACUGGGGGGUGGAGAGAAGGACGAGGGAAGGAGGAGGGCACGCGGAGGCACGCACCGUACCCAGGCGCGCCGGCAGGAGAGCGGCACCGUGGCUGGGGCAGCGCGCAGAGGCUGUGGAGGGGCUUACGGCUCCCGGCCCGCGGGUCUCAGACCCAGGGGCUGGGCCCCGAGCCCCCCGCCCCGAUCUCAGUUGGGUCGCGCCAUGCUGCGCUACCUGCUCAAAACACUGCUUCAAAUGAACUUAUUCGCGGACUCGCUGGCGGGGGACGUCUCCAACUCCAGCGACCUGCUCUUCGGCCUCAACUCCUCGGUGGCGGCGCUCAACCACAGCCUGCUGCCCCCCGGCGAUCCUUCUUUCAAUGCGUCAAGGGUCGAGCCGGAGGACGCGAUGCCGCGCAUCGUGGAGCAGCCGCCAGAUCUGUUGGUCUCCCGAGGCGAGCCGGCCACGCUGCCCUGCCGUGCCGAGGGCCGGCCCCGGCCCAACAUCGAAUGGUACAAGAAUGGGGCUCGAGUGGCCACUGCACGCGAGGAUCCGCGCGCGCACCGCCUGCUGCUGCCCAGCGGCGCCCUCUUCUUCCCGCGCAUCGUGCACGGGCGCCGCGCGCGCCCCGACGAGGGAGUCUAUACUUGUGUGGCGCGCAACUACCUGGGCGCAGCGGCCAGUAGAAAUGCCUCGCUGGAAGUGGCAGUCCUCCGUGAUGAUUUCCGGCAGUCUCCUGGAAACGUGGAGGUGGCAGUGGGGGAGCCAGCGGUAAUGGAAUGCGUGCCUCCCCGUGGCCACCCAGAGCCUUCCGUGUCCUGGAAGAAGGACAGUGCAAGACUCAAGGAGGAGGAGGGGAGGAUCACGAUCCGUGGAGGGAAGCUGAUGAUGUCACAUACACUCAAGAGUGACGCAGGGCUGUAUGUGUGUGUGGCCUCCAACAUGGCAGGAGAACGGGAGAGUGGGGCCGCUGAACUUGUGGUACUGGAGCGACCCUCGUUCCUGCGUAGACCAGUGAAUCAGGUGGUCCUGGCCGACGCCCCCGUGGAUUUCCCAUGCGAGGUGCAGGGGGACCCCCCACCCCGUCUACGCUGGCGCAAGGAGGAUGGGGAACUGCCCACAGGCAGGUAUGAGAUCCGGAGUGACCACAGCCUUUGGAUCGGGCGUGUGAGUGCUGACGACGAGGGGACCUACACCUGUGUGGCUGAGAACAGCGUGGGCCGCGCGGAAGCAUCUGGCUCCCUCACUGUUCAUGUCCCACCCCAGCUGGUGACCCAGCCCCAGGACCAGAUGGCAGCUCCUGGUGAGAGCGUGGCUUUCCAGUGUGAGACCAAAGGAAAUCCCCCACCUGCCAUCUUCUGGCAAAAAGAGGGAAGUCAAGUUCUGCUUUUCCCCAGUCAGCCACUUCAACCCAAGGGGCGCUUCUCAGUGUCUCCCAGUGGCCAGCUCAACAUUACCUCUGUGCAGAGCGGGGAUGCUGGCUACUAUGUGUGUCAGGCUGUUAGUGUGGCCGGCAGCAUCCUGGCCAAGGCCCUAUUGGAGGUAAAAAGAGCCUCCUCCUUGGAUGGGCUGCCUCCCAUCAUCCUCCAGGGACCAGCCAAUCAGACGCUGGCACUUGGCUCCUCUGUGUGGCUGCCAUGCAGAGUGACUGGGAAUCCUCAACCUAGUGUCCAGUGGAAGAAGGAUGGGCAGUGGCUGCAGGGGGAUGACCUCCAGCUCAACCUCAUGGCCAACGGUACCCUGUACAUCGCCAGCGUGCAGGAGACGGACAUGGGUUUCUACAGCUGUGUGGCCAAGAGUUUCACCGGGGAGGCCACGUGGAGCAGCUGGCUUAGGAAGCGGGAAGAUUGGGGAGUAUCGCCAGAGCCCCCUACCGAACCCAGUAUCCCUCCGGGGCCUCCCUCUCAGCCAGUGGUCACUGAGAUCACCAAGAACAGCAUUACCCUGACCUGGGAGCCCAACCCGCAGGCAGGGGCCACAGUCACCUCCUAUGUGAUAGAGGCCUUCAGCCAAGCAGCUGGCAACACAUGGCGGACGGUGGCUGAUGGCGUGCAACUGGAGACACACACAGUCGGUGGUCUGCAGCCCAACACCAUCUAUCUGUUCCUGGUGCGCGCUGUGGGAGCCUGGGGCCUCAGUGAGCCCAGCCCCGUCUCUGAGCCUGUGCGCACCCAGGACAGCAACCCAUCCAGGCCUGUGGAGGACCCUUGGAGAGGACAGCGGGGGCUGGCCGAAGUGGCUGUGCGCAUGCAGGAGCCCAGAGUCCUUGGGCCCCGGACCUUGCAGGUGUCCUGGACUGUAGAUGGUCCAGUCCAGCUGGUGCAAGGUUUCCGGGUGUCUUGGAGGGUAGCAGGUCCUGAUGGGGGAAGUUGGACUGUACUGGACCUACAGUCCCCAACCCAGCAAAGUACUGUGCUGAGAGGACUCCCGCCAGGGACCCAAAUUCAGAUCAAGGUGCAAGCGCAAGGCCAGGAGGGGCUGGGGACUGAAAGUCCCGUGGUGACCGGGAUCAUUCCUGAGGAAGCCCCCAGUGGUCCCCCUCAGGGAGUAACGGUGGCCUUGGGGGGUGAAGGCAACAGCAGUGUCACGGUGUCCUGGGAACCUCCACUCCCUUCCCAGCAAAAUGGGGUCAUCAAGGAAUACCAGAUCUGGUGCCUGGGCAAUGAGAGCCGCUUCCACCUCAACCGGUCCGCGGCAGGCUGGGCACGUUCCGCGGUGCUCCAGAGACUGCUGCCCGGUCUUCUCUACCGGACCCAGGUCGCGGCGGUCACCGGCGCUGGCGUGGGCGUGGCCAGUGUCCCGGUGUCGGUGCAGCUGCCUAACCCGCCGGAAUCGGAGCCUGGGCUGGAGGUGGGCCGGGGGCUGGCGGAGCGGCUGGCGAGGGUGCUGCGGGAGCCUGCCUUCCUCGCGGGCAGCGGCGCCGCCUGCGGGGCGCUGCUGCUCGGGCUCUGCGCCGUCCUUUACCGGCGCCGGAGGCAGCGCAAGGAGCUCAGUCACUACACCGCCUCCUUUGCCUACACACCUGCAGGUAAGCUAUCUCUGCUCCAGUGGGGCUCAGACCCCAAGUACGGGCCCUUCUCUCACCCAGUCUCCCCCUCAUCUUCCCAGUGUCCUUCCCACACUCAGAGGGCCUCUCUGGAGCCAGUUCCAGGUAAUCCUUGUAAUCCAUCUUCCAAGGACAAUCCCCCUCCAUCAAGCGACCAUUCUCCUUCCUCCUCAGGCCUCCCUGCCACCUACUGUCUCCCACGUGCCACCCUCAAAUUCACCAUUACUGCCCUACAAUUCCUGAUUACUCUUAAAUUCGCUAGCCGGUUCAGGCUCUGGGUCCCUAGCGUUCACGUGCUUUCCCUCAGGCCACCCAUGGGCCUUGGCCCCGCCCCCUACCCUUGGCUAGCAGACUCGUGGCCCCACCCAUCUCGAAGCCCCUCAGCCCAGGAGCCCAGGGGGAGCUGCUGCCCCAGCAAUCCUGACCCAGACGACAGAUAUUACAAUGAAGCAGGGAUCUCCCUGUACCUGGCUCAGACGGCCCGGGGCACUGCCGCCCCUACCGAGGGUCCUGUCUACAGCACCAUUGAGCCACCUGGGGAGGAGCUGCAGACCUUCCAUGGGGGUUUCCCCCCAAAUCCCUCAGGGGAUCCAGGCACCUGGAACCAGUAUGCUCCUCCUGAAUGGAUCCAGGGGGACAGCGGAGCCAGGGGAGGCAAAGUAAAGCUUCUGGGAAAACCUGUGCAGAUGCCCUCUCUCAGCUGGCCAGAAGCCCUGCCACCACCUCCUCCUUCCUCUGAACUGAGCUGCCUAGAGGGGACUGAGGAAGAGCUGGAGGGCGGCUCAGAGCCAGAGGAGUGGUGCCCACCAACGCCUGAGCGGAGCCAUGCGGCAGAGCCUAGCUCCAGUGGAGUGUGCUUGGUCCCUCCAUCCCAAGGGGAAGCCCCCUCCCCCACAUCUUCCUAUGGACAGCAGUCCACAGCCACUCUUACCCCCUCACCUCCUGACCCUCCCCAGCCUCCCACUGACAUUCCCCAUCUCCACCAGAUGCCCAGGAGGGUGCCCCUUGGGCCAAGUUCCCCUCUCAGUGUAUCCCAGCCCACUCUGAGUAGCCACGAAGGAAGGCCUGUUGGCCUGGGUGCUGGCACCACAGUCUCCCAUCACCUCAGCCCCAGCCCUGUCCUCAGUACAGCCAGCAGUGCCCCAGGGAGAACCCGGCAGGUGCCUGGGGAGAUGACUCCUCCACUUCAAGGGCCCCGUGCCCGAAUCCGGAAACCCAAGGCUCUUCCCUAUCGUCGGGAGCACAGUCCUGGCGACUUGCCCCCACCACCCUUGCCACCACCAGAGGAAGAGACAAGCUGGGCCUUAGGGCUGAGAGCAGCAGGCAGCAUGUCCUCCUUGGAACGGGAGCGGGAGCGCAGUGGGGAGAGGAGAACGGUGCAGGCUGGGCCUCCAGGGGCCCAGCGGGGUCCCCACCUGGAUGAAGAAGCCUGGCUCCCCUACAGCCGACCGGGCUUCCUGUCCCGGGGCCAGGCCACCAGCACCUGUUCCACAGCAGGCAGUAACUCUUCCAGAGGCUCGAGCAGCUCUCGAGGCUCCCGGGGCCCUGGCCGGAGUCGGAGCCGGAGCCGGAGCCAAAGGCCGGGACAAAAACGUGGAGAGGAACCAAGAUGACCCUCAAGGAGGAUAUCAAUCAGGAAAUACACAGGGAAGGGCUUGUCCCCAGCCGAGGAGCCGCCCGAGAGCCCCUCCCCCUGGUAAAUGGGGGUGAGCAGAGAGGAGCAGGGGGAGGGUGUCUUCCCUCCCAGCAAUGAUGCUUAGAAGCUAGAAAGCCAGGUCUUCCCUUUCUAUCUCAACCUGAACCUCAUUUGUAAAUGUGACAAUAAAAAGAGUCUGAUCGGAGCCCUGGACCCCGCUUGUCUGGUUUCACGCAGGACAUGGGGAAGAAAGGGGCUGUGAGAGGAUGUAGAU